AUGCUAGAGGAGAUUCUCUCUAGCGUUCCGGUGAAAUCCAUCGUAACAGUACGAUCUACUUGCAAAAACUGGAACGUCUUAACUGAGGAUCAGAGAUUCGCCAAUAAGCAUAUUGAAAAAGCAGCAGCAGCAUCACAGCGAGAAAAGGAGACUCCUCCUGAUGUAGCCUUUCACAGCAAUGUAAUAGAGUAUACUAAAGCUAGCUUGACUUUGAAAGGAAACACUUACUGGCAUGUCGAGUCAGGAGAUGGUUUCUUACACUGUUUUGACUUUACAAGAGAGAGGUUUGGACCGCAUCUGCCUUUACCAUCUGACAUAAAUCAUAGAUGCAGUGUGUCUCUCUCUUCGGUUAAAGAAGAAAAGCUUGCAGUGUUGUUAGAGCAGACGUUGGGUGAAUUUGAGAUAGCUGUCUGGGAGGAGAAGAAAACCGUUGUGGCUUUUGAUGAUUUCAACAACUGGUACAAUACAUACAUCAUUGAUGGGGAGAGUGGUCAUUCUAGAGAAUGGUAUCGCAAGAACUAUCUGGGACAUGGGUUUGCUUAG